CGGGCCCGCCCCGGAGCUCAGGGACCCCCGGCACCCCGCCCCCGGCCAUGGAGGCGAACGUGAGCGACGAGAGCGGGCACUUCCCGGCGUACCCGUUCGAUUUCCUGGACUUCCUCACGCACCAGCGCCCGGAGCCGCCCGAGCCCUUCGAGCCCCCGGGCAAGGCGCUGCCGCUGCCCCCGGGGCCCUUCGAGUACCCCCCGCCCGCCGCCGCGCCCCCCUUCGACCGCGGGCCCCUCCCCAAGCACAAACCCGAGCCGCCCGCGGUUCCCCCUUCCUCCUCCUCCUCCUCCUCCUCCUCCUCCUCGCACCCCAAAAAGCCCGAGGGGUCCCUGGGGGGGGCUCCGUUCCCGGCCCCGCCGCUGCCGCCCCCUCCGCAGCCGCUGCUGGAGGCGGGGGCCGCUUUCCCCGCUCCGCAGUGGGGCAUCGUGGACCUGUCCGGCCACCAGCACCUCCUCGGGGGGCUGAAGCGGCCCCCGGAGCCCAGGGAGGAGCGCAGCUACUUCAGGCGCCUCAAGUACCUGGUGGAGCGGCGCUUCCCGUGCGCCGCCUGCCCCAAGGCGUUCCGCCAGGCCUCGCACCUGGUGCAGCACAUGCAGGUGCACGGGAGCCCCCCCGAGCCCCGGCCCUACGAGUGCCGCACCUGCGGCCGCGCCUACAGCCACGGCUCCAGCCUGGUGCGGCACCGCCGCUGCCACCGCGCCGCCGACAGCGAGCCCGCCCCGGUCCCGGUGCCUGUCCCUGCUCCGGUCCCGGUCCCUGCCCCGGCCCCGCCGCGCCCCGGGGCUCCGGCCGUGCCCAACGGGCUCAGCGCGGCCCCCGCCGCCCUGCCCGGUGCCUUGGCCGUGGCGGUGAAUGCGGCGCCCGGCGGGGUCAGCGCGGUGGCCGGAGGGGUCAGCGCGGUGGCCGGAGGGGUCAGCGGGGUCAGCGCGGUGGCCGGAGCGGUCAGCGCGGUGGCCGGAGCGGUCAGCGGGGUGCUCAGCGUUAACGCGGUCACCAACGUCGCGGCCGGCGGGGCCAGCGCCCUGCGCGGCUCCGGUGCGGCUCCCGGCGGGGUCGGUGCGGGGCCCGGUGCGGUCGGUACAGGGCCCAGUGGGGUGGGCACGGGGCCCGGCGGGGUCGGUGCGGGACACGGCGCGGUCUCUGCCGCUCCGGCCGGGACGGGCGCGGCCCCCGCCGUCACCGCCGUGCCCAACGGCGUGGGCGCUCUGUCCGCCGGGGUGCCGGCGGUGGCGGGCGGGGUGAACCUGGUGGCGCCGGCCGUGACGGUGGCCGUGCCGAACGGGGUGAUCCCGGUGCCCAGCGGGGUGAUCCUGGCUCCGGGCGGGGUGCCGCUGGCUCCCGUGGGGGUGCCGCUGGCGCCGGGCGCGGCGGCGGCGGCGGGCGCGGAGGGCCCGUUCACCUGCCCGCUGUGCUGGAAGGUGUUCAAGAAGCCGAGCCACCUGGCGCAGCACCAGAUCAUCCACACGGGCGAGAAGCCCUUCACCUGCGCCGCCUGCGGCCGCGCCUUCAACCGCCGCGAGAGCCUCACCCGCCACGUCAAGACCCACGCGGGGCCGCGGCGGGUGCCGUGCCCGGUGUGCGGGAAGGAGUUCCGCGACCCGGCCUACCUGCUCCGGCACCAGGUGAGCCACGGCGCGCCGCGCCCCGCGCACCGCUGCGACAUCUGCGGCAAAGCCUACGCCGCGCCGCAGAGCCUCCUGCGCCACCGCCGCGCCCACGCCGGCGACAACGCCACCGCCCACACGCCUGCCACCGCUGCCACCGCCGCCACCGCCGCCAGGAGCGUCCCGGGCGCCGCCGGGCGCAGCUUCGGGUGCGGGGUGUGCGGGCGCGCCUUCGGGCGGCGGGAGACGCUGCGGCGGCACGAGCGCAUCCACACCGGGGAGAAGCCGCACGAGUGCGCCGUGUGCGGGAAGCGCUUCCGCGAGUCCUUCCACCUGCGCAAGCACCGCGUGGUGCACACGCGGGAGCGGCCCUACCGCUGCGAGCUCUGCGGAAAGACCUUCGGCUACCCGCAGAGCCUGACGCGGCACCGGCAGGUGCACCGCCUGCCCGCCGGGCCCCCCGAGCCGGCCGCGCCCGCGCUGGGCUGCGGCUCCUGCGGGCAGCGCUUCCCGGAGCUGCUGCGGGCCCCGGCGGGCCCCGCGGAGCGGCCGCACGGCUGCGACUCCUGCGGGCAGGUCUUCGGCUUCCUGGAGAACCUGGUGUGGCACCGCCUGGUGCACCCGGCCGCGCCCGAGCGGGCCGUGCCCGCCGCGCCCGGGGAAGCGGCGGCGCCGCCCGAGGAGCCGCCGGCAGCGCCCAGCGCCGAGCGCUUCACCUGCGGCACCUGCGGGCAGAGCUUCAAGCGCUUCCUGGCGCUGGUCACCCACAAGUACGUGCACCUGGCCGGGGCGCGGCCCCCGGCCUGCGGCGCCUGCGGGCAGCGCUGCUCCGGGGCCUACGAGCUGCUGCUGCACCGGCGGCGGCACCUGCGGCAGCGCCCGUCGCUCUGCGGCGCCUGCGGCCGGCGCUUCUGGGCGGCCGCGCUGCUGCGGCGGCACCGGCGCUGCUGCCCCGCCCGGCGCCGCCCGUUCCGCUGCCGGACCUGCGGCCGCGCCUUCCUGCGGGCCUGGGCGCUGCGGCAGCACCGCGCCGGCCACGCCGGGGAGCGCCCGCUGCGCUGCCCGCUCUGCGCCAAGCGCUGCGCCCACGCCGCCGGCCUGGCCGAGCACCAGCGCCGGCACCGCCCGGCCCGCCCGCGCCGCUGCCGGACCUGCGGCAAGACGUUCCGGUUCCGCUCCAACCUCCUGGAGCACCGGCGCGGCCACCUGGGCGAGGACGUGUACCGCUGCGAGCGCUGCGGGAAGAGCUUCUUCUACCUGGGCUCCAUCGCGCGGCACCUGCGGGAGCACGAGCGGAGCCGCCGCCGCCGCCGCUGCCCCCGCUGCCGCCGCCGCUUCGCCCGCCCCGCGCUGCUGCGGCGGCACCUGGCCGGGCACGGCUGCACCGGGGCGGCGGCGGCGGCCGGAGCGGGGCCCUGA